AUGUUUAAUGAGCUAUAUCCAGGCAUUGUGAGGCCAGAAAUACAAGCAGCUCAAUUUGAGCUCAAGCCAGUGAUGUUUCAAAUGCUCCAAACCGUGGGGCAGUUCAGCGGGAUGCCAACGGAGGAUCCUCAUCUCCACCUUUGUUCAUUUUUGGAGGUGAGCGAUUCCUUUAAGCUUCAAGGAGUGAGUGAAGAAGCAUUAAGGUUGAAGCUAUUUCCGUUCUCUUUAAGGGAUCGAGCUAGAUCAUGGCUCAACACCCUUCCUCCCGAUUUCGUUACAAAUUGGAAUGACUUGGCUGAGAAAUUUCUAAGAAAAUACUUCCCUCCCACCAGAAAUGCAAAGUUUAGAAGUGAGAUUAUGUCGUUUCAGCAGCUGGAAGAUGAGUCCACUAGUGAUGCGUGGGAAAGAUUCAAAGAGCUUUUAAGAAAAUGUCCACACCACGCAUUUGAGAUUUUGGAAAGGAUUGCAAGUAAUAACUAUCAAUGGUCAAACACUAGAGCUCCUACAAGUAGAAAGGUGGUGAGAGUUCUUGAAGUAGAUGCAUUAACGGCUCUAACAGCUCAAAUGGCCUCAAUGACCAACAUCUUGAAGCAUAUGAGUUUGGGAGGAAAUAUUCAGCCAGCUGCUGCCAUUCAAAGUGCAGAAGUAUCAUGCGUGUAUUGUGGGGACGGGCAUACUUUUGAGAAUUGCCCUUCAAAUCCAGCCUCAGUUUGCUAUGUGGGUAAUCAGAAUUUCAACCGCAACAACAACCCAUAUUCUAACACUUACAAUCCAGCGUGGAAGAAUCAUCCUAAUCUGUCAUGGGGGGGGGGGGGGGGGGGGGGUCAAGGAGCAAGUUCAAGCACAGCACCAGCACAAGGAAGACAGGCAUAUCCACCAGGUUUUUCACAGCAGCCAAGACCUUCACAACAUGUUCAAAACUCCCAGCCGAACUCUUUGGAGAAUCUAAUGAGGGAGUAUAUGGCUAAGAAUGAUGUAGUAAUACAGAGCCAAUCAGCUUCUCUUCGUAAUCUUGAGAUGCAGCUCGGCCAGCUAGCCAAUGAAAUGAAAACUAGGCUGCAAGGAUCUUUGCCUAGUGAUACAGAAAAUCCAAGGAGAGAUGGGAAAGAACACUGUAAAGCUAUUCAGCUGCGGAAUGGUAAAAAUCUGGGAAAUUCUGAGGAAAUACAGGGUAGUGGAGAGCCCACUUCAAUCCAAAGCGAAGGAGAAACAAGUAACAAAACUGCCCAGGAAAUUGCUGAAACUGGCCCAGUUGCUACAGCAAAGGGUCAGCAAACUGCUCCAAUAAAUUCUGGUCCUAAACCGCCCCUUCCAUUUCCGCAGCGAUUUCGCAAACAACAACAGGAUGGUCAGUUCAGAAAGUUUUUGGAUGUACUGAAACAGUUGCACAUUAAUAUCUCCUUGGUCGAAGCGUUGGAGCAAAUGCCGAAUUAUGUCAAGUUCUUAAAGGAUAUUUUGACAAAGAAAAGGCGAUUGGGGGAGUUUGAGACUGUGGCUCUCACAGAAGGAUGUAGCGCGAUGUUGAAAAGCAAGAUCCCUCCUAUAAGUUAA